CAUUCCUUCAAUUAUUAUAAAAAAUAGUUAAUUUAUGUGAAACUUAUAUAACUUAUUGUCUGAAAACUUUUAGUUUAGUUCUUAGACUUUGCUUACAUCAAAAUGUAUGCAUUGAGUUUAGUUCAGUUGUAUGUAGUGUAUGCCUUGAUACAAAUCCAGGGAUUGGACGGCGAAGUGGAUGUGUGGCCUCACCCACAGUCUGCCACUUCGAGUGCAAACUAUCUGCAAAUCGAUUCAACAAAAUUUGUAUUCACAGAGAAAACUGUGGAAAAGUGUGAUCUCUUAACACAUGCCAUAAACCGCACAAAACAAUUGGCAUUCAUUGAGAACUGUGCGAAGGCUGGAGUCCGAGGCUAUAAGCCGUUCCACAAUUAUGUCCGAAACCUUAAACUCGACCACAAUUUCAAAGGAGUUUUAAGUGGUAUAGAAGUGGAGGUGAAGACAUGCGAACAGAUCCCACAUCUGGAGAUGAAUGAGAACUACACUCUUGUGAUCGACAGCAAGACCGGUACGGCUCACAUCAAAUCAGAUGCCAUUUGGGGUGCCAUCAGAGGGUUGGAGACAUUCUCGCAGUUGAUCUCAAAUGUAGGACACCAUCAGUUUGUUGUCAAUGAGACCAAUAUUAUAGACUUUCCCCGAUUUGGCUACAGAGGUAUGUUAGUGGACACAUCCAGACAUUACUUGCCAUUACAUGUGUUGUACGAGAACCUGGAUGCCAUGGCUUAUAACAAACUCAAUGUCUUUCACUGGCAUAUCGUUGACGAGCAAUCGUUUCCAUAUGUGAGCAAAAAGUUCCCGGAUCUAAGUCUUAAGGGUGCCUACAAUCCGGAAACUCAUGUCUACACUCCAGAAGAUGUCAAGAAUGUCAUUGAAUACGCCCGACAACGAGGUAUUAGGGUUUUGGUUGAAUUUGAUACCCCGGGUCACACACUCUCGUGGGGAAAGGGACAGAAAGACAUACUCACCGAAUGCUACACUAAUGGCACCAAAAAUGGAAAGUAUGGACCACUGGAUCCGUCCAAAGAUAAUGUCUACACAUUUCUGGAGCAACUGUUUGCCGAAGUGAGCACCACUUUCCCCGAUCAGUACUUCCAUUUGGGUGGCGAUGAAGUGGACUUCUCGUGCUGGGAGUCCAACCCUAACAUCAAAAAGUUUAUGAAUGAGAAAGGCAUCAAAACCUACUCUAAACUCGAAGACUAUUAUAUGCAGAAAGUGUUGGAUAUCGUCAAGAAAUUGGACAAAAGUUAUAUCAUUUGGGAGGAGGUCUUCAAUAACGGAGUCGCUCUCAAACCGGAUACUGUUGUUCACGUGUGGAUCGGUUCCUGGGGUACAGACAAAGAGAAGUACUGGCGCCCAGAGUUGCACAAUGUGACGGUCAAGGGGUACAGAGCCAUACUGUCCUCGUGUUGGUAUUUGGAUUUAAUAAGCUAUGGCAGUGACUGGAAGGGGUACUACACGUGUGAACCGCACAGCUUUAAUGGCACUGAAGAGCAAAACAAAUUAGUCAUCGGCGGUGAGGCAGCCCUUUGGUCCGAGUAUAUCAAUGCCGCCAAUCUUAUCAGCCGAACCUGGCCUCGAGCGUCGGCUACUGCUGAGCGACUGUGGAGUCCCAAGAGUUUCAACAGCACUGAAAAGGCGGCCAAAAGAUUUCACCGACAAAACUGUCUUAUGAUUGAGAGGGGGCUGAGAGUACAGCCUAAUGAAGGACCCGGUUAUUGUCAAUGCGAUUAUGCACUCUGAAUGUGAUUCACCAGAAUUGAGUGAC